GGACGACUCCAAGGAUGAAAUGGCCGGAGAGCUGGACUUCAGCGGGCUCCUGAAAAAGAGGGAGGAGCAAGCGGAGGAGACGAGGAGGAAGAAGAAGGACGAUGAAGAAGACACCAUCCCCCCCGAGAUCUGGGAGCUGCUCAAGGGCGUCACCAAGAAGAGCGAGUACGAGCGCAUCGCCUUCCAGUACGGCAUCACCGACCUCCGCGGCAUGCUCAAGCGCCUCAAGAAGAUCAAGGUGGAGCCCAAGAAGAGUGAAGGGUUUUUGGGGGAUGGGAGCGGCUGA